CCUCGUAUCAGCAUUUCAUCGCGUGAGCGUCAAAGCCCAAACCAAAAACCAUUUAGCUGCAAGCUUGAUUUCAAAAAAAAAAAAACAAAAAAAAACAUUUAGCUGCACUGUAGUUCAAAUCUCAGGUCACCGGAAAUUGGGAUACACCUGCAGGAAUCAGUGAUCGCCGACAUGAAUUUCAAGGAAACAGAAUUGACCUUAGCCUUACCCGGUGAGUCUCGCUCAUUAAAGGAGAUUAACGGAGGGAAAACAGGGACUAAACGUGGAUUUUUGGAGACCGUUGAUCUAAAUCUUGGUAGUUCUCGUGCUGAUUGUGGCGAUAGAGAUCGUAAUGAGUCGGAAAACGAUGUCUCAACUGCGGCCAAGCCUCCGGCGGCGAAGGCACAGGUGGUGGGAUGGCCGCCGGUGAGAGGUUACAGAAAGAACGCCAUGAAAAGCUGUAAAUAUGUGAAAGUGGCGGUGGACGGAGCUCCAUACUUAAGGAAGGUUGAUCUUGAAAUGUACAAUACCUACGAGCAGCUCUUGAGUGCCUUAGAGGACAUGUUCUCUUGCUUCCCAAUUCGCAAUUAUUUAAACGACAGAAAAAUAGUGAAUGGAGUGGAGUAUGCGCCUACAUAUGAAGACAAAGAUGGAGACUGGAUGAUGCUUGGAGACGUGCCAUGGAAAAUGUUUGUUGAAUCAUGUAAGCGAUUGAGGUUGAUGAAAAGCUCAGAAGCAAUCGGAUUAGCUCCAAGGACACCAUCAAAAUGCUCAAGCACAAGUGAGUAAGGGCUUGGAAUGAAGGAAACAAGUGGUGUACAGAGGUUUUAGGUUGGAGAGUUUUGAUUUUAGGGUAGGAAAAAAAAUCAAAACAAGAGAAAAUAAAGAGAGGGGUGCCUGUAAUUUUCUGAAUAUUGCAGUAUGGUCCUAGUUAGAGCUAUUUGAUGUUGUGGGCUUUUUCUCUCCACUUUCGGCCUUUUUUUAACCACACUUGCUCUUUGCCUUUUGAGCAGUCUUCUUCUUCAGCGUUUCCUCCUAGCCGAAUGGUUGUUAAUCACUCGGUCUUCAUCUUUUUGGAUUUUCUCACCUUUUCUUAUUUAUCAUUUCUGUCAGUUGACAUGAUAUUCAUAUGGAUCAAACUAUUGAUUUUGUAAAAUUUUAAUUUUUAUUCCA